ACAUAGCAGCGCCGGCCGGCUGGAUCAGUCUCGUUUGAAAUCUCGUUGGAGAAGCAUCACCGCAGCUAACUCUUUCUCUGCGCUCCGCUCUUGUGCUCUAUACGAGUUCGAAGCUUUCUCAAGUUUUUUUUGUUCGUCGCUGUUCCAAGCGGAUUUUUACACCUCUUCUGGUCUCGGCACCCAAGUAGUGCAGAGUCGUUUUUUAUUGCCUUUUACAUCGUUAAAGUCUGCAAUCGAGACGAGCGCGACCUGCCAAGCCGUGCCCUUUACUCGAUUACGCUUUUGAUACACUGAUCCAUUACGUCGUCGUUUGUGACGAAGGCAGUCAAGACGAGCGGGAAUAAGCCCUACUCGGAACGCAAUUACCCAGAUUUGAAUUUUCCGUAAGUAAUUCGUCCUCAUCAAACUCCCCCGAGAUGGCCGGUAUCAAGGAAUGGGACUACUCCAAUCAGAAUGGACCAAGCACAUGGGUCGACAAAUUUCCAAUGGCUGCUGGCUCGCGCCAGAGUCCGGUCAACAUCGAGACCGAUCGAGUCGAAACGGAUCACGAGGCGCUGAGCAGUAAGCCUCUCCGAUGGAAGUACCCGGCGACGGCCUCCCGUGCCAUCGUCAAUCCGGGCUACUGCUGGAGGGUCGAUACCGAUGGCGAUGGAACUUAUCUGACUGGCGGACCCCUAAUGGACGAUGUUUAUAAGCUGGAACAAUAUCACUGCCACUGGGGCUGCAGCGAUUCUCGAGGAUCAGAGCACACCGUCGACGGACAAGCAUUCGCCGGCGAGCUACACCUGGUGCACUGGAAUACCACCAAGUACAAGACGUUCGCUGAAGCCGCCAGGGCUCCCGAUGGCUUAGCAGUUCUUGGCGUUUUUCUCAAGGCUGGUAAAGCUCACGAAGAACUGGAAAAAAUCGCCCGUUUGCUGCCUUAUGUGUCGCACAAGGACGACAAUCUACCAAUCAACGAGUCGAUCGAUCCCAGCAAAUUGCUUCCUGUACGGGGUGGUAGAGCUGGCAAUAGCAGUGCCAGUCAAAAUUGCAUCAACCCAUGCAUGCGCUGGGCUGGACGCAUUAUAAGGCCCGAUAACAAGUCUCGCGAUUGGCAAGAUGACAACGGCUACUGGACGUACCUUGGUUCACUGACGACGCCGCCUUGCAACGAGAGCGUCACCUGGAUCCUGUUCAAGCGCUACAUCGAGGUGUCGCAUCACCAACUCAACGUUUUUCGCAAUCUGCGCAAGUUUCCUCGUGGCGAGGAGUGUCCCUGCCAUGAGAAUCACGGUGUCGUGAUCAACAAUUUCCGUCCUCCGUUGCCACUGGGCAAUCGCGUCCUGCGCGAGUGCGGCAGCUUCUAAGGCAGAUCUGACGAGCAGAAUUUACAGCUCGGUGUGCGCACCAGCUUAAUUAUGGAGAGCACCCGAUUUAAGCAUCGAGUCCAAUUUUGAACAUCUAUGACUUGAUUAAUACUGACUAUCACGGGGGAGGUUUGAAACAACAGUUUAGUUUUUAAUGGGGGAGAGGAAAAAGCAGCGAUGAUUUUGAAAGCAACGGAGGAUUUCAGCUUCGAAUAAAGUGCCUUCUUGGCUUUUUCUUUGAAAUAUUUAUUAUAUACAUAGAUUUUAACCGCAAGUGACUUUAAUACGUAAGGUGCUACACUUUUUUUCAUAACGGAUUUACAAUGGAAAUAGGCAAAGUUGAUUAUUUGGAAUAAAAAUUUUACAUAUUGUACGUGAAUAACGUCAUCGACCCCUGAUUUAAAAAGUUUUGUAAGCGAUAUUUUUAGAUACCGAUAAGUGUGUAAGACAUUAAAAAAUCAAAAGAUCAUGUACGUUGUGAAAUUAAAGUAGCUUAAAAUCUGUUACGAAAAGUAAAUUUUCGGGUUGCAUAACAAUGAUGUAUACGCAUCAAUUUCAGAGCGGCUUUUAGUUCAUAAGUGUUUUAUGGCCUUUGAGUCUCUAUGUAAAAGUCAUGAUCAUUAGUCAUGAUUUUCCAUAAACAAUAAUUAAUCGAAUUUGAUGUCAUUAUAGUUGUUGCAACUACGGGCUUUUCAGUGUGCGUUUGUAUUCUUCGCAGUUGCUAGAUUUUUUGUCAAAAGUGUGGCAACGAAUCGUAGUAUUUUUAUAUAUUUAUUAACAGCGAUAUCAUGGCUGUUUAGAUCCUUCCAGUCAAUUUUACAAACUUAGAAAUAAUAUACAGCAAUUAUCAGGAUAACCGUUUUCAUGAAAUAGAAAUAAUUUAUAAUCGGUUUGGUGUGAUAUACACAUUAAUUCAAGAUGAAAUCUUGAUUUAAGCACUUAUUUAUUAAGUAAUCUGUGUGAAAAUGAUCAUUUAUCAUUUUAUGUUGCAAUGCUUUGAAAAUGUAGUCAAAAAUUUAUUUUAAACGGAGAAAUAUUUUACAAAUUAUGCAUACACGUUUUGAAAUGAUGUAUUAUGGAAAAAAAUUUUAUUUUCGAUACAAAUCAAAUUUAUCUAAUGGCUUUACGAUAAAAUAUCUUUCAAUUCAAAUUUAUAAAUAAAAAUAAUUGUUCGUUGUUUUUUAUUUAUAAGAUCUAUUGUAAAAAAAAAUUAGCAUAAACAACUUGUACCCUUAGAGGUAUAGAAUAGAA